CACAAUGCUCCCAUUCCUCAAGGAGGACGUGGUGCAAUCCAGUUUGUGACUCAGUACCAGCAUUCCAGUGGACAGAGACGUAUCAGAGUGACCACAGUUGCCAGGAACUGGGCAGAUGCACAGACACAGAUUCAAAACAUUGCUGCAUCUUUUGACCAGGAAGCUGCUGCGAUACUCAUGGCUAGAUUGGCAGUGUAUAGGGCAGAGACAGAAGAGGGGCCUGAUGUACUGAGGUGGCUGGACAGACAACUUAUACGACUGUGUCAGAAAUUUGGAGAAUAUCACAAGGAUGAUCCAAGCUCUUUCAGAUUUUCAGAAACGUUUUCACUUUACCCACAGUUUAUGUUUCACUUGAGAAGAUCUCCUUUCUUACAAGUUUUUAAUAACAGUCCAGAUGAGAGCUCAUACUAUCGUCACCAUUUUAUGCGUCAGGAUCUAACCCAGUCACUUAUCAUGGUUCAGCCGAUUCUUUAUGCCUACUCUUUCAAUGGACCUCCAGAGCCUGUUCUUCUGGAUAGCAGCAGCAUUUUACCAGAUCGUAUUCUCCUUAUGGACACCUUUUUCCAGAUCCUUAUUUAUCAUGGAGAGACCAUAGCUCAGUGGCGUAAAUCAGGUUACCAAGAUAUGCCAGAAUAUGAAAACUUUCAUCACUUGCUACAAGCUCCAGUAGAUGAUGCCCAAGAAAUUCUCCAUUCCAGAUUUCCAAUGCCCAGAUACAUUGAUACAGAGCACGGAGGAAGCCAGGCUCGUUUCCUGCUUUCGAAAGUAAAUCCCUCACAGACUCAUAACAAUAUGUAUGCAUGGGGACAGGAGUCUGGAGCACCGAUUCUUACUGAUGAUGUCAGCUUGCAAGUAUUUAUGGAUCAUCUGAAGAAGCUUGCUGUCUCUAGUGCCGCCUGAGAUUCUGCAGUGCAUUAAAGGCACAGAUUAACUGUAGCCAUAUUUCAGCUUUUUCUCCUUUACCCUUUUCCACAUCUCUCUUGACAGAUGCUCUGAUAUGCACAAGCUGCCUGACUAGAUCUAAAGCAGUGUUGUUUUCAAAGAAAAGCUUUUGUUAUCAGCAAAUGUUUUAAUGUGAACUGCAGUUUGUAAAAAUGACAGGUAGGAGAUUAAAUUAAGUUAUAAUUAGAGGAAAAAGAACAGUCAUUUUGAUUACUGUGAUACUAUAAUUACUUUGAGAUCAUUUAUAAUGUCUUUGAGAUGUGAUUUCAGUUUCCUUUAGAAAUGGUUGAGGUUGAUUCUGCUCUGCACUAUGAAGACACAUUGAACAAUAAAGGAAAUCUUUGUUGAUAUCGGGCUUUCCAGACUGCCGUAUGCCUACUUUUGCUU